AUGACAGACUGGGUUAGUAACUGGAAACAAAAUGGAAGCAAAACAGCCUCUGGAAGAGAUGUCAACAGAAAGGCUUUUGAGAAGAUUGAUCUUCGAAGGCAUGGAUAUUCGGUUGAAUGCUUAGUCCUUAGGAACCAAACUAGCAUUACCCAGUGGAUUCCAGUAUGCGGCCGAUCAGUACCUGUGCCUCCUAUUCAUGGGCAGUGGGGCAGGAUGCUGUCUGGCACCUCCCAGUGGCCCCAGAUGAGCCAGUCCAUGGCAUGUGGUGGAUCAGAACAGAUUGCUGGAAUAGAUGAACAGCUGAGUAGAAAGUAUCACACUACAAACAAGCUUCUUACUACCAAAGAUUCCCCACAGCCUGUCGAGGAGAAGGUGGGUGCCUUCACGAAGCUCAUCGAAGCCAUGGGAUUCACCGGACCUCUGAAAUGCAGUAAAUGGAAGAUUAAAAUUGCAGCCCUGCGCAUGUAUACGAGCUGUGUGGAGAAAACUGACUUCGAGGAAUUCUUUCUAAGAAUAUAUAAUCAUUCAGCCAAAGAGCUCACCCUCGUUUUGACGUGA